AUGCAGGCCGUGUUUGACAUGCAGCCCUUCAGGCCAGCUGUAAAUCUCAGUAACCCCACCAUCACCAACAUCUCCUUCACCCUGUACGCUGUCCUUGGAGUGAAUGAAAAAGCUCAGUUACUCACUACGUUUUUGUGGCUCAGACUGUUCUGGCGCAACGAGUAUUUGGUUUGGGAGCCUGAGGAGUGUGAUGGUGUCGCCAGGAUUUCUCUCCCUGUAAAAGAGCUGUGGUCUCCAGACAUCAUUGUUUAUGAGUUUGUGGAUGAUGAUGUUUCCCAGGCGUGUCCUUACGUCUACGUGAACCACACAGGACGCAUUCGCUGGGACAGGAUGCUGCGGCUCGUCUCAGCCUGCAACCUGGAGAUCUUCAGCUUUCCUUUUGAUGUGCAGAACUGCACAUUCACAUUUGGCUCCUACAUGCAUACAAUACGUGACGUGAGAGUCAGUCCAGCUCUGACCUUUAGAGAGAUGUCAGACAACUCAAAGCAAUACCUGGAAGCCAGUGGAGAGUGGGAGCUGGUGAACAUACUGGGGGAGACGUCCAUCCUGAAGUUUGGGGUCGACGAGUGGGACAUCAUCACCUUUUGGGUGGUCAUAAGGCGGCGUCCAGUGCUCUAUGUGGUCAACCUGCUGAUCCCGAGCUCCUUCCUCAUGCUCAUUGACAUUCUGUCCUUCUACCUGCCCCCCCACAGUGUGGAUCGGGCCUCCUUCAAAAUGACCCUGAUCCUGGGUUACACCGUUUUCCUGCUCAUUAUGAACGACCUGCUUCCCAGCACAGCUAAUGGAACGCCCCUGAUAGGUAUCUAUUUCUCUGUGUGCCUGGCUCUCAUGGUCAUCAGUCUCCUGGAGACAGUCAUCAUCACCAACGUCCUCCAUCACAGCUCCAUGAAGUAUCAGGAGGUUCCAAACUGGGUUAGAAUCGUUGUCCUCAAAUAUAUUGCAACCAUGAUCUGCUACCAGUGGCCCGAAGGUGUUUCUCCCACUCUUAAAACACGGGAAGAUAAACCUGAGAGUUCAAACGGCAGCACAGGCGCGUGGGUCAUCCAGCCAGUCAGCCAAGCAGCCGACAGGCACCGAACCUACAGUGGAGACACAGUUUCUCUGCCUGAGCUGCAGCUGAUCUGUCAGUACCUGAAGGACCUCCACGCACAUCUUCUGUCGGUGCAGAAGGAGAGUGAGCUGCUGGACCAGUGGUGUCACGUAGGAUACGUCCUCGACUUCCUGCUCUUCCGCAUCUACCUGCUUCUGAUCAGCUGCUACGCCAUGGUCAUUAUCACCAUGUGGUGCAUCUGGAUCAGUUGUGUAGCAGCUUUAAACUGCACCAAUCCAUCCCCCGAGUCCAUGUUUAAGGAGCUUGACGACCAGCUAUUCCGUAAGAACCUCAUCCCACCUGUCGCAAGCUUCUCAGAGCCGCUCAACGUAACAAUCAGCCUCACUGUGGUUGGGAUUUUAGGAGUGGAUGAAAAAGUCCAAACAAUGACAACUUUUUUAUGGCAAGUUCUGGAGUGGAAAAUAGCAGGACUCAGCUGGGAUGAGCAGGAAUGUGGAACUGAAAGAGUCUCUGUACUUCGGGAAAAGCUUUGGGUUCCAGAUGUUCACAUCUCAGAGUUUAUGGAUGAGGACAAAUCUCCUCAAACUCCCUACGUUUACUUAAACAACACAGGUCAUGUUUAUGAUGAUAAACCCAUUAGAGUGGUCAGCUCCUGCAAGCUGGAAAUCUACAACUUUCCAUUUGAUAUCCAAUCUUGCUCGUUGACGUUUGGGUCAUAUUUACACUUUGCUUCGGAAAUACGGAUGCUUCCUGGCAUGACAGGAAAAAAGAUUAUGAGUGAAUCCAAACGUGUGCUGGAGAUGAACGGAGAGUGGGAACUCUCCGACAUAAAAGUGGUUCCAUCCGAACUGGAACUAGAGGCAGGAAGCUACUCUGUGGUCCAGGUUCAGCUGAUCCUGCGCCGCAGACCAAUCGUUUAUGUGGUGAACCUGCUGGUCCCCAGUUGCUUUCUCGUCACUGUGGAUCUCAUCAGCUUCCUGCUGCCUCCUCAGAGUGUGGACAGAGCCUCUUUCAAGAUGACCCUCAUCCUCGGCUACACCGUCUUCCUGCUCAUCAUGAAUGACUUGCUGCCGGUCACAGGAGACAGGACACCUCUGAUCAACGUGUUCUUCUCCAUCAGCCUGGCUCUGAUGGUGGCCAGCCUCCUGGAGACGGUCUUCAUCACCAACAUCCAGUUCAGCUCCAGCCAGUACAAUGCUGUGCCUCACUGGCUGAGCGUAUUGGUGCUGCGUUAUCUCGCCGUUGUUGUUUGCAUGUCUCCAAAGAAGAGCAACAGAGUUACAGUCUGCCUCAACCCGUCUUACAAAGAUUCAACAGCAAACACAAACUCCGUCACUAUCUCAGGAAACCAGGGCAUCUUAAAGGAACCACAUCCAGUGAAGGCGCCCACCUCUCCUGCGGCUCCUCCAGAGCCGGCUCUGGAGGAGCUGAAGAAACUAACCAUUCAUCUCACAGCCAUCCGUCUCCAGGUGGACAAACACUUCCAGGGGUCCAAAACCGCAGAAGAAUGGCAAAUGAUUGGAAUAGUAAUCGACCGUCUGCUGUUUUACUUGUACAUAGUCUUCAUCAUUGCAAGCUUCAUCACCAUUACAGGUAUCUGGAUCUGGAAUAAUACAUAUGCUGCGUAAGUUACAUCUGAAGGGACAAAAACACCAAGAGUUUAAUGUUUUUAUUCCUAUUAGAUCUGCUAAUUUCCAUAAAACCAAAUCAAACAGAGGUUAACUUUAUUUAAACUCAGUUACAUACAAUUAAGCUUCUCUUCAGGUAGAUUCUAUGUAGAGUGGUGAAAAAUUUCACAACAGAUUUUUAUGAUUUUAUUCAUAGCAUCAAAAUGAUUACAAUACUUUAUGUGAAGUAAUGAUUUUAUUCUUCUUCAUUUUCCUGAGCUUUUUGCACCAAUGUAAAUUUUGUUUGUAAGACAUUAAAAGUAAUAUAUUACAAGAUUAGAAAAGCGUUUUUGUUUGUUUUUG